AAGUAUUUAAUAAUAAUGUUUUUAACAGUUUUUAACAUUCAGGAGGCCCCUCCCACACCAGGAGGCCCCUCCCACAUUAUGAUGCCCCUGCCACACCACAGGCCCCUCCCACACCAGGAGGCCCCUCCCACAUUAUGCAUGAUGGGCCCCUCCCACAUCAUGCAUCAUGGGCCCCUCCCACAUCAGGAUGCCCCUCCCACAUCAUGCAUCAUGGGCCCCUCCCACAUCAGGAUGCCCCUCCCACAUCAUGCAUCAUGGGCCCCUCCCACAUCAGGAUGCCCCUCCCACAUCAGGAUGCCCCUCCCACAUCAUGCAUCAUGGGCCCCUCCCACAUCAGGAUGCCCCUCCCACAUCAUGCAUGAUGGGCCCCUCCCACAUCAUGCAUCAUGGGCCCCUCCCACAUCAUGCAUCAUGGGCCCCUCCCACAUCAGGAUGCCCCUCCCACAUCAUGCAUCAUGGGCCCCUCCCACACCACAUGUCAUAGGCCCCUCCCACAUCAAGAUACCCCCUCCCACAUCAUGCAUUAUAGGCCCCUCCCACAUCAUGCAUCAUAGGCCCCUCCCACAUCAUGCGUCAUGGGCCCCUCCCACAUCAGGAUGCCCCUCCCACAUCAUGCAUCAUGGGCCCCUCCCACAUCAGGAUGCCCCUCCCACAUCAUGCAUCAUGGGCCCCUCCCACAUCAGGAUGCCCCUCCCACAUCAUGCAUCAUGGGCCCCUCCCACAUCAUGCAUCAUGGGCCCCUCCCACAUCAGGAUGCCCCUCCCACAUCAUGCAUCAUGGGCCCCUCCCACAUCAUGCAUCAUAGGCCCCUCCCACACCAUAUGUCAUAGGCCCCUCCCACAUCAAGAUACCCCCUCCCACAUCAUGCAUUAUAGGCCCCUCCCACAUCAUGCAUCAUAGGCCCCUCCCACAUCAUGCGUCAUAGGCCCCUCCCACACCACAUGUCAUAGGCCCCUCCCACAGCAUGCGUCAUAGGCCCCUCCCAUAUCGUGCAUCAUAGGCCCCUCCCACAUCAGGAUGCCCCUCCCACACCACGUCAUAGGCCCCUCCCACAUCAUGCGUCAUAGGCCCCUCCCACACCACGUCAUAGGCCCCUCCCACAUCAUGACUCAGAGACCUUGUGACACCACAGGACUUUAAUUUUACUUUUGAUUCCCAAAAUAUGAAAAGACUUCACUGUAGAACUCCGAGUACUCCGAGUACUCUGAGUAUUAGUACUUUAAAGUGUAAUAUAUAUAUUUCUGCUGACAAUGUUUCUAUUUUUGAAACAAUAAAGUUUGUUUCUGCUCACUGAA